AAAACUCCUCCAUCAGUAUGACGCGUUAUUCCGGCGACUACCUUCCCGAAGCAACAUGGAAGCCCACAGUGGUGACAAGCGUGGUCUUGAGCAUUUAGACGAAUAUGAACCCAAACCAGCAAAACAUAUGCGUAGCCUGCACGAUCGCAUGGCGGAAAGGCGACUAGUAGUUAUUUUAGAGGGGGCAACGCUGGAAACAGUGAAGGUUGGCAAGACAUUUGAACUGCUGAACUGUGACCAACACAAGGGCAUGAUCAUUAAAAGUGGACGGGACCCUGGGAAGAUUAGACCUGACAUUACACAUCAGUGUUUGUUGAUGCUGAUGGACAGUCCAUUGAACCGGGCAGGUCUCCUGCAGGUUUACAUCCACACAGAGAGGAACGCCUUGAUUGAGAUCAACCCACAGACACGCAUCCCCCGAACAUUCAACCGCUUCUGUGGCCUCAUGGUCCAGCUCCUGCACAAGCUGAGUGUGAGGGCGGCUGACGGCCCCCAGCGCCUGCUGAAGCUCAUCAAGAACCCUGUGUCAGACCACCUGCCCCCUGGCUGCCCCCGUAUUUGUACCUCCUUCUCCUCUGGGGAGGCAGUGGGCGCCCGCACCGUGGUACCAGAGGAGGGGCCCGCCGCUGUGGUGGUCGGAGCGUUUGCACACGGAGCGGUGAAUGUGGACUACACAGAGAAGACUGUUUCCAUCAGUAACUACCCUCUCUCUGCUGCCCUCACCUGUGCCAAGAUGUGCUCUGCCUUUGAGGAGGUCUGGGGUGUGUUGUGAUGAAGUUGACAGCGCACUGCUGCUCCAGCUAAAACUGUUGUCAAUAUGGACUAGAAAUGGAUCGGACAGUCACUUUCAGUCAAGGAACAUUGUACAGAAACGGUCCAUUUCACCAAUUACCUCCUGUGGGUUCAUAUGAUUCUAUGGGUGUAUGUAUUGUGUGUAAAAUAUGGUAUGUUACAUUUCUCAACUUAGGCAAAGUUCCAAUAUGAAAUGAAUACUGUUUUGAAUAUACCAUCUGUAAGGACUUGGCACCAAAUAUGGUCUUCUUACCUUUUUUUUUUUGUCGUUUUUUUUUAUAUAUGUAUCCAGUGCAUCAUUGUUCCCAUGGUUAUACAGUGGAAAUAAAUGGUAUAGUUUGUC